AUGUCAAUACUCUUCUGGGCCGUCGCCACAGGGAGCAUUGAUCUCGCCGAAACUUUGCUAGCAACAGAUAAGGUCCAAUUAACCUGCCAGGCAAAGAUCGAUCAACGAUGCCGCCUCGAGAUGGGCCUAUGUGCCAGCGACUCACGUUUGACUUCAAUAAGAGUAACGCUGUAUCCCAAUAAAUAUGCCUUUAUUGAUCGGUGUGAAAAUGCAAUGUUUCUGCUUCGAGUCCGAGAGUAUGUUUUACCUUGGGCAUUGCAGCAUGGCUAUGAACUUUUGCUCAGACAUCUGUUUUGGCAUCUGGUAUGCCUGGCUGGAGGAAUCGCGGACGCCGAAUCUCAUGCAGUGAAACCUCUGCACACCGACGCUGAUCUGGUCGCUCUGAUCUCUCAACACCCAACAGUCGAUUUGGAUUGUGACGAUGACAAAGGCCGGACGAUCUUGUCAUACGCUGCUGGAUACGGACUUUCGGGCCUCGUGAAAAGCAUUCUUGAGCAUACCACCGACCAGUUAAAUAAGGGAGACGAUUUCGGGCGCACUCCCCUUUAUUAUGCGGUUGAUAACUGCCGUGCGGAUGUCGUCAAAAUGCUUCUCCAAAAAACAAAACUCAUCAACGAUCCCCGUAAAGAGCACAUACCCCUGCAUUUGUCACCAAGGCAUAAAGAGGUUAUUGAGUUGAUGCUGCAAUACCGGGUAAGCUUUCAGGAUAUCCGUGUUGAUGGUGAAGACCUUUUGACCUGGACGUGUUCUUGUGGGCACGAAUCAACACUAAAACUGCUCCUGCAGCAUGGCGAUUACAACGUCAACUCAAGAGACCCUCAAGGCCAGACUCCAUUAUACAUUGCAGCGAAAUACAGGUGCAGAUCGAUAGUGCAAUUGCUCCUAGCAUAUCCGGAUAUCGAGGUGAACGCUAGAGCCGCUGAUGGGCGAACCGCACUACACGUGUCAGUGUCUAUGCGGCACGAAUCAAUAGUAAAACUGCUCCUGGAGCGUGAAGAUGUCGAUGUGAAUGCGAGGGACCAUUUCAACGAGACUCCAUUAUUCCACACGGGGAGCCGAGACGACGACUCAACGUUGAAACUGCUCCUGGAGCAUGAAGAUGUCGAUGUGAAUGCGAGGGUCCAUUUCAACGAGACUCCAUUAUUCCACACGGGGAGCCGAGACGACGACUCAACGUUGAAACUGCUCCUGGAGCGUGAAGAUGUCGAUGUGAAUGCGAGGAAUUAUCGGGACGAGACUCCAUUAUUUAAUGCGGCGAGACUAGACCACAAGACAACGUUGAAAUUGCUUCUGGAGCGAACGGAUAUCCAGGUGAAUGCAACAUCCGGCGGCACGGGUUCUCCGUUGUGUGCCGCCGCUCGCCACGGGAGUGUAAAAGCUGUUCAAGUUCUGCUCGAACAACCUGAUAUCGACCUUGACAUCGUGUACGAGGACAUGUCCUAUGGGAAACGUUUCACGGCAUUGGAAAUUGCCAGGAGAAGGGGCUAUACUGAAGUGGUCGAGAUGUUGGAGUGCAAAAUGCAUGGACGACGGGCUGGGUCGUCGCUCUGAUCAACUCCUUGUUCCAAACAGACGGGGAUGACCAAGAGACAGUUUGGGAGACGGUAUCGAAUUCUGGCGCUCAUGCUCUAGCAGGACGGGAC